GCUCUCAACUCUGACGGCUCCAUCUACCCUGACUCAGGCCACGCCACUGCUAGCGGCCUGAUUAGAGAUCAUACAGGAAGUUGUCUUGCACCAUUCACAAUUAACCUCGAGAUUUGCUCUAUCACCCGACCUGAGUUGAGAGGUGACUUAGAAGGGCUUCAGUUGGCAUGGGAGCUGGGCCUAUCGCAAGGUCCAGGUUCAGCUCGACUCUCGGUACGUUAUUGA